CAGAAAACAGGUGAACUCGUUACGCAAAGAAGGUGAAAUAGGUUGUGUUUAUGUCAGUAGUUUGACUCCCUUGGUAUCAGCUGAACGUUACCGAAAUGUGUCCUGUUGUGCUUCUCGCGCUCUUGUUUAGCUUUUUGAUGCUACUUUUGGAAAUAACUGCUGCAAUUAAUGUAACCUUUUAUCCAGCUAAUUUAAAGAAAAUCACUGAAGGUGAAGAAACUCCUGUUUAUUUUUCUGUAUUAGAAAAGGCCAUCACAGACCCAGACGAAGGACUAUACCGAGCGAUUUCCAAAGACCCUGGUAUUGCUGCAGUUAGUAAUGGAACUUUCUUUCAUCAUAAGACUAAUAAUGGAUCAUUUAUGGUUCGUGCUAUAUUUCUUGGAAAGACUUCCAUUGAGCUAGUCAAAGAAGUGAAUGGAACUGUAAAAGAACGCUCCAAUGUAUUAGAAGUCAGCGUUGUGCGUCGAAUAAAAGCCAUAUCCAAAGCUUUCACCGGUUCAGUUGCAACAUUAGUUUCAUUGAAUUAUAUUAACAUGGGUUGCGCCCUUGAUUUAGGAGUGGUGAUGUCCGUUCUUCGAAAACCCAUUGCUCCUGGUAUUGGAUUUCUAUCCCAGUAUGCUAUAAUGCCUCUGGUUUCGUAUGCGCUUGCUCGGUUGCUGUUUGAUGAUGUAAUUUUGCAGCUGGGACUUUUUACAUUUGGCUGUAGCCCAGGUGGUGGUGCUAGCAAUAUGUGGACUGUUUUAUUGAAUGGCAAUUUGAAUCUUAGUUUAACUAUGACUUUCAUUAGUAAUCUUGCUGCUUUAGGUAUGAUGCCUCUCUGGCUUUUUACUCUUGGCCGAAGUCUUUUCUCAGGAAUUGCCACAGAAGUGCCUUUCAUGAAUAUUCUGCUUACUCUCGUUUCAAUGUUAGUUCCUUUAGGUGUUGGAUUGGCAUUUCAAAAAUGGUUGCCAAGAGUAGCCAAGUUCUGUCGUCACAUCUUAGCUCCUGUGUCGAUAGCAAUGAUUCUUUUCAUAAUCAUAUUUGGCACAUAUGCCAACCUCUAUAUGUUUAAACUUUUUACGUGGACAAUACUCAUUGCAGCUGCUGCAAAUGUGUGGUUAGGAUUUCUUUUUGGAACUCUCAUCUCCAAAACAUGUGACCUCCGUCUUGAAGAUAUUGUGGCAGUUGCUGUGGAAACUGGUGUCCAGAAUACUGGGAUUGCAAUUGUCUUAUUGGGAUUUUCCCUUGAGCAGCCUGAAGCUGAUCUGGCAGCUGUGAUACCUGUUGCAGCCUCCAUCAUGACACCUCUUCCACUUCUCUGCGCCUAUUUAUUUUUGAAAGUGCGGAGUCGAUAUUUCCCACAGGUCCAAGAAUCUCGACUUUAUGUCAUGGAUGAUGAAGAGGAAAAGAAAGUUCUACCUACUCCUGACAGUUCAGAUUCUGUAUCAAAGGUUUUGUGAUAAAAAAAUAUGGGAGAAAUAUUACUGCUUAUAGAAUAUAGGGAAAUUAUUUUUUUGCCUUAUAUAUUUUUAAUUUAAAAUCUGGGCUUAAAGAUUAGUAUCAUAUUAUAUUAAAUAAGCUUUAUAUUAGGUCAUAAAGUAUAGGAGUAAUUAUGUAUCUCUGAAAUUCUAUAAUCUGUAGAAUAUGUUAGAAGUAAUAUUAGAUUAUAGUUUUUUAAUAUUGAGUUUAUUUACCAUUGUGUACUGUUCUUAAAACAGAUAUGUUUUGUCUGAAUCUCAGUUAUUUUUAGAAUACUUUUUAAGUUUUAAAAAUAUAAAUAUCUCUGUGGAUGUAAAAAAGGAUAAUUAUUUUGAUAUUUUAUUAAAAAAAAAUGUGAUUUUUGUAGAAGAAUUUAGUAUACUUAUUCAGUCUCGAAUAUGUGAUCUGCAGUUUUUCGAGGAAAAAUAACUGAAAGAAAUUUAAUUGUUAAAUUGUGUAAUGAAGGUAUUGUAUUAAGGUUUACAUAUUUAAUCAGUAAAAAUGUUCUAAAAUGAAUUAGAAAUUUUAUGCGAAGCUUCGUGCUGCUCAUUUGAAGAAGUAACAGAAAAUAUGCAUUUAUGUCCUGUUUAAAAUAAAAUGUUUCCCUUCAGGUAUUACAAACUAAAUGAUGUAUAUUAAAAAUUGUUCUGCAGAGUGGAAAAUAUGAAUUGUUAUAAGAAUAUUUAACUUAAUGAAAGUUAAUUCAUUGUUUAUUGUUAAAAAUAUUUUAAAUGGUAUGAAGACAGGUUAUUUUGAGAUUUAAGUGUCAUGUUAGUAUGCUUUUAUAAAAAUGUUUAUUUGUUUACUCUUGAGUUAAGAGUAUUUUUUAAAAAAUCUGUUUGAAAAAUACUUUUUGAGCUUUCUAGAUGUGUCAAGUAUUUUGAAUUUUUAAUGAAUGUAUAAGUAUACAUGUGUGAGUAGUUUCACCAGUUCAUUUUUGAAAAGUCACUAUCAUUAUUGUUGUAAUGUAAGUAAAAGCAUAGAUAUAAAUUAACAAUGGUUUGAAAAAUUUUCACCAUGUAAAUUAUCCUAUUAGUUUCAAAAAAUUUAACCUAGAAAUCAGUUUUCUUCCAGAAUUAACCUAUUGACAGUACCUUUGCUCUACAAUUUUUUUUUUUUACAGUAAUAGCCUUGUAUGCUUAGCUAUAAAUUUGAAAAAAAGGUUUUUGUAAAAAUUUUCCAUGUAAUGUCUUCUACCCUAGUGGUCUCAAACUGGCAAGCCAUAUGUGACCCCUGAAGCAAUUUUAUGUGGCCUGCCACUUCAUUGAUGUGUUUGUUGUUAAUAUCAUAUUUAUAGAUUUAGGUAUCAAAUAAAUUCAUUGUUUAGUGUAUUACAAUAUAGUAUUUAUUAGGAGAAUAGAAAGGUACCAACAGGCAUUACAUUGCAAUUAAGUUAAAAGCUAGCAUUUGCACACAAUCAAAAGUGCAAAUGUAAUGCAUAGAAAAGCAUUCUGACAAGAACAUUAAAAAAAAACUGAAAAAAAGAACAAUCAUUUCAUCUCCCGAAAUGAAAUUUUAAAUUGUAAGUAUAAACAAUAUUAGAGGCACUGAGAUAUAGAAUGAAAAAUAAAUAUAGAAUGAGACUGUCAUUUUGCUUAUUCCCAAAUUUUGUCCCAAUUGGAAAAUUUUCUCUGAAAUUUUGGGAAGUUUUCAUAAUUUAUUUAUUUUUAGUUUAUGUUGAACGUAAAUUAUUUAGUGGUUAGUUAAACAUAUUAGAAUAGAUUUAUAUUAUUAUGUUAGUCUCUGGAAAAUUUGGAAAAUUUUCAUAAUUUGUUUGUUUUAAGUUUAUGUUGAAAGUAAGUUUUUAGUGGUCAGUUGAACAUAUUAGAAUUAUUUGAAAGAAAUGUAAAAAUUUAAUAUUUAGCUGCUAAUAUGUUUGAAAUAGUGAGACCAGCAAAAAUUUCUUACAGGUAUUUUCUUGCAGAUAAAAGAUAAAUACCAUAAAUUUGAAUUUUUUUCCUGUGCAUUAUUAUUAUAGUUAUUUAUGCAUAUUUUUAUGUAUAGUUAGUAAAUAAUAUUUGAAAUUAAGUUAAAAUUUAGUUAAUUAUUUGAAAUUUAGUUUUGUUUUAUUAAAAAAAAAAUUAUGGCCAUCAGCUGCUUUCAGGUCAUGCAUUUGGUCUGCAUACGGUUUGGCUUUGAGACCACUUUUCUACCCUAUGGGCAUUUAUAUCAUGUAUAAAAUUGUCUUUAAAAGUGAUUGUUAUAUUAUGAUUCGAUAUUUGAAUUAUUAUUAUUAAUUUAUGCAUGUUUGUUUAAUUAGAGAAAGAAGAAUCAUAAAAGUACAAAGUAUU